AUGUCAUCCCCUAGCAAUUCCAAUGCUCAAUCUAGCGAUGCGUCUUCGACGUCCACUUCGGACCCUUCCGAGUCAUCUCUUCGAGACUGGGACACCACUCCUAGUCCUAUGGGUUCUCAAACAGACUUGUCAGGUUCUUUAGAACAAGACAUGUCUGAGGUCCGUCUUCGUCAACUGUAUGACGAGGAAGAAAUCGAACGUUAUCUCCACCUUUUUUCUGCUUAUGUGACGGAAGUGAGACUACCAGGUGCUUUGCGUAGCACCAAAGCCAAGCCAUCAAGUAGCUCCCUCCACCUUCCCCGGUUACCAAAACCACCACCACUCCCUCCACGACCAUUUGUUCGUCGUACCUCCGAACAAGCAGAGCCACCUACGCUUCUUCCACCCGUCAUUCCUCCAAGACCGGUAGAUCCCUCCUGGUCCGAACAGAUCGCCAUUAAAUAUAUACUACCAGCUCUUCCACCGAUGCCUCAUCCGCCGCCAUCCUUCGCUUUAAAACGCCUGAAACUCACUAGCCAGCGUUUUUUCCUUGCAGUAGUUCCUCCUUACCAGACUUUCUUUCUUUCCAUAGCAAACUUAGCAUUAUGGAGGGACCCACAACGUAGCGGGCUAUGGUGUGCAGCGUUCUGGGGACUAUGGCUGUAUGAUCUUCUUCUCCCAGCACUGAUGUUUCGAAUCUUGUGGGAGAUGCUCAGCCGGAGACUUCUCCCGUAUCCCACUCUAGAAUCUUUACAGAUGCGGCGGAAAGAUUCAGAACGAGCUAGGGAGUUUGGAGAUGAAGUUCUCGAACGCCUAUCGGCACCUUCGAUGGGGCCGAAGGAUAUAUUCCAGCUCUUCAAAUCUCACAGAUCCGCAGCAAAAAGUAAAAUCAAGCCCCUUGCGAAGGAUGCAGGGGCACUUCAAACGAGUUUAACUGGCGAUGGUGUCGAGGAUGAAGCGGCUACUGUUCUUGAUGACGAUACUCAAGAAGAGCAGGACAUCAAACGAGAACUCCUGCACCUUCUCAAUAUUGUCGCUGAUAUUCACGAACGUAUUAAAAACAUUUUCAUCUGGAGACGACCAGCAGUCUCUCAAAGAUAUUCAAUCAUUUUGGGUGUUGUGGCCUGCUGCACCCUGAUUAUUCCCGCGCAUUACUUGGCAAAACUUAUAUAUGGCGGCUGCGGGAUAUUGUUCUGGCAUGUUAUUCCUGUGUUGGCUGCUCUGCCACCAGGCGCUCGAGCCAGCGGCGAAAUAGACUGCCAGGUCCGUUCGCUGAUGCUCCCCACCGAUGCCGACUAUGCUAUAGAGAUAAUUACGCAGAGGAUUGCUAGGGGCGAGGAAAUCAAACCUCCACGCAAGCCUCGUUCUUUGAGUGCUCGUGCUAAUAGCGCAAACGACGGCGAUCUUUCUGAGAUUCCGUCGCCCGAUGCAUCAUCCAGAAGCCAAAUGCAAACCAAUGAUGGUGUUGAUUGGAAGAAGUGGGGAUCGCGUGUCGCGCACGGCAAGUUGUUGCUUAGUGAAGGCAAACAACGCCUUUCUUCUGGACAAGUGAAUACGGUCGGUCUGACGUCCGCAACUUUACGAGACGAGGAAACACAUACACAUCCUGCACAUCACACUUCAGCGCCUGGUCUAAUCACACUGACCGCUACCACAGUAUACUUCACAACACUCGCAUCACAACAGGCAAAAUUAAUUAUACCUCGCGAGAACCUCUGCGGCGUGAAGAAAACCGGUUUGAUGAAAGGACUUCUAAUUUCUUGGGUUGACGACGAAGAUGGGCAAAUAGAAGAGAAGUUUCACUGGGUCGGCAAUCGAGAUGAGCUUUUCGCGCGCCUUCUUGGUCCAGAUAGUGCCCGAUGGAUGCGAAUCUAA